AUGUGGGCGGGAGAGAUUGGCAAGAAGGAAGAGAAAGGAGUGGGAGCACCAAGAUUACCAACCCAUCUGUUAACUCAGGUCCAAGUGUGGGACACGGCAGGCCAAGAGAGGUUCCGGAAGAGCAUGGUGGAGCAUUACUACCGCAACGUCCAUGCUGUCGUCUUUGUCUAUGAUGUCACAAAGAUGGCGUCCUUCCUCAACCUGAAAACCUGGAUUGAGGAGUGCAACGGCCACGCGGUCCCGGCCCUCGUCCCCAAAGUGCUCGUGGGAAACAAGUGUGACUUGCGGGAUCAAAUCCAGGUCCCAUCCAGCAUGGCCCUGAAAUUUGCCGAUGCUCACAAUAUGCUUUUGUUUGAAACCUCUGCCAAGGACCCCAAAGAGAGUCAGAACGUGGAGUCUAUUUUCAUGUGUCUGGCCUGCCGGCUGAAGGCCCAUAAGUCUCUGCUCUAUCGGGACGUGGAGAGGCAGCAAGGGAAGGGACAGAAAACAGAGCUGGCGCCGGCCUCUAGCAAUAGAAAUGCCUGCCCUUGCUGAAGUGGUCUUGACCAUUGAAUGGGGGGAGGGCAGGUGGUUUUGUGCCUCAAUAAACUGAAUCAACGUUGCUCGUUUCUGGUGAAAUCCAUGUUAAAUUAAUAAUAAACGUUUGUA